CAUCUGCCUGAAUUCAGUGAGCAACGAGCGAGUUCCACCAAACGUUAAACACCCGUGUAGAGAUGAAAUUCUUCGUCGUCGUCGCCCUGGCGCUGGUUGCCGUCGUUGCCGCCCAGGACAAGUACACCACCAAGUAUGAUGGAGUCGAUCUCGAUGAGAUUCUGAAGUCGGACCGCCUGUUCAACAACUACUACAAGUGUCUGCUGGAUCAGGGCCGCUGCACCCCGGACGGUAACGAGCUGAAGCGCAUCCUGCCGGACGCCCUCAAGACCGAUUGCGCCAAGUGCAGCGAGAAGCAGAAGACCGGCACCGAGAAAGUGAUCAACUACCUCAUCGACAACCGCAAGGACCAGUGGGAGAACCUGCAGAAGAAGUACGACCCGGAGAACAUCUACGUCAACAAGUACCGUGACGACGCCAAGAAGAAGGGCAUCAACCUGUAAGGUAUGGGACGCUGAAUUUUUGUCAGUGUCUGUUCACGCAAACCGACCCUCUCUCAUGGCAAUGGGUGAUUGGAAAAUGACGAGAUACCGUUUAAGAACCGAAGCGCAUACCGAGCCAACUCCAAACAGAACUGGUGCCGUCUAGUGUGCUGUCGUUUGGCCGACGCACGAACACCUUUUAUAGAAUAGAACCUUAGAAGCGCCAACAACGGAAGUAACUCAACACCAAACGUUGCUUUCGAGCCCACCUGGGCUGCUUUGGUGAUGUGAUAUGGGAAUGUAGAUCAGCGGUUGUCUUUAAAUCAAACAAAAAUCAAAUCAUUCCUGAUUCGUACCUGCAAGCUGGCAACAGCUGCGGCGAAGUGAUCGAUCAAGCCAAGCUGUGCCUUCUGAGUGAAAUUCAACCUCAAACUUCAUCAGUAUACAAAUAAAUACAGUCCAACAAACAAUUUUAACA